AUGCCUGUCCAGAGCACACACCCGGCCGAGAACUUGUCUGAUUUGGUGGACGACGACGUGCGCGCAGUCCUGCUAAAAGCUCCGCCGGCUCUGCUUAUAGAAGACCCCGUCUACCACAACCGACUGACCGAAUUGCGCAACGACUACAGAUACGCCUACGUGGUCCAAUGGAUCUAUCUUUUGCGCCAUCUGGUGAAGAUCACAGAGAACUUCGAUGUGGAGACUUUUGAGGAGGAGCUGCUAGGCAUCGCGAGCCCCGUCUUUGUGAACGCGUUUAUCACCCGGAUGGUCCAGUAUCUGGCCAAUUUCAAGCUGGAGAAUUUUGAUUCGCAGGUCAACGACGCGCUGAACCAGGUUUCCGCACGCUACUACGAGGAGUACGACCCAGUAGAUUUUUUUGCGCUUGAUCUGAUCGGCAAAACCGAGCUUUUUUACAACCUGAUCCAGCUGGCCAACACCAAAAGCAUAGACAAUUUCCGCAAGAGUGUGGACCAGUAUGCCAAGCCGCAGCACGAUUUGCGGCUGGAGCCCGUGUACUCGUACACAGAGGACCGCGAGCUGAACGAGUGGUUUGUUCUGGAAGAUUCGCGUGUUUAUUAUCGCAAAACAGAGUAUCCGUUGAUGGAGGUGCCCAGGAAACGGGCGGACGCGAAGAAGACGAUUGGCAAUCCUGCUGAGACGUUUGCCGAGACUGAGCCGGUUCUGGUGGAGUGGCGGUGCGAGACGGCCGGGAUAUAUCAGUUUGAUCAGUACUUGAAGGAGCUGAAACAGAAAGGCGGCAAAAAGACGUCGUCGCACGAGUACAAGCUGUACGGGAGUCUGAAGGUGUUUGUGGAGCAGGUGGCCCAGCACGACCUGAAGAAAAGACGACAGGCGUUGCAACGGAGACGCGAAAUCCAGAUGCAGGCGCUGCUGGCCAACAGAAAACGCUCCUCGCGGCUGGAAGCCAAGGAGAGACAGAAACAGGAGGAGGACGAAAAGAAACGGGAGGAAGAGGAGCGGCUGCGGGCACAUGGUGCAGAGAUGCGGGCGCAGAAGCGCAUGAAGCUGAAAGAGGAGAUGUACCAGGCGUCCAGGACAGAGAGGCUGCAACGGAGACACCGGGAAACUGAGUCAUUAGAGCCGAAAGACGUGACUGAAGGUGAUACGAAACAGAGUGCUGAGCCGAGUGUGCACGAGGCGCAUGAUAACGCUAGUGACGAUACAAUAGAUGAGCAAUCGGAAGGCCAAGAGUCAGCCGCACAAUCGCCUAUUGUGGAAAGAGCCACCAUUGAAGCCCCCAGCAGUAUCGACGCGGCACAACAAAGAUAA